AUGAAGAAGUCCUGUCCACAGAGACCACUCGUCUUUAUGGGUCAUUGUUUUGGAGGCCUUGUGAUUGAGAAGGCCUUGAUAUCUGCAAAGCUUCAUGACACCGAUUUUCCUGGAGUUGUGCAGUCCACCGCCGGAGUCAUAUUUUUGGGCACGCCCCAUCGCGGGUCGAAAUCCCAGUCCAAAGCUGCUGUGAUUGCAGCAAUAGCCUCUGCCAUGGGUUGCGGUGAAGAUACCAGCCUUUUAAAAGCAGUGGAGAAGGAUUCAGAAAUGCUCCAUGAUCUUCUCUACGAUUUCACACGGACUGUGAACACGGCUUCCAUACCCCUUUUCUGCUUUUUUGAGCAGCAUAAAUCUGAUAUCUCCAAAAUAGUGAAGCCCAGAGGUUCCUUUCUCCCGGCUUAUAAGGAAUUGGUGGUUGAUGAAAAUUCCGGCUGCAUAGAUGGCUUUCCAAAGUUGGGUCUUGCUUGCGAUCAUUUUCAGAUGUGCAAGUUUUCUGAUCCAGAAAAUCCAAACUUUCGUCUCAUUUGUCAAGAAAUCCGUUCGUUUGUAGAUACUGCACCUGAAAGGGUUCGCAGUAGACUCAAUCCAUCGGAUAUUGCACGACAGAUGUCAGCCAUUGAAGAAGAGCGUGACCUUGCAUGCCUCCGUGCGCUUUUUAUCACAGAUCCUCUGGAUGACAUGGAGAAGAUUCAGAACAAGCAGGAUAAACUUUUAGAAGGGACUGGUGCUUGGGUGCUGAGCGACUCUACUUUCACCAGCUGGCUGAACUCAGAUAUUGGGCGUCUGCUCUGGCUCCAUGGCGACCCAGGCAAAGGGAAAACUAUGCUUGCCAUCUCACUGGUGAAGGAUCUCACUGAAAAAGUAAGACUUCAAGGAUCUGCAACAACGUCAGCAUUGGCAUACUUCUUCUGCGACAAUAAGGACUCAAGAAGGAAGACUUGCACAUCUGUUCUACGUGGUUUGAUCUAUCAAUUGAUUUGUCAACGACCGGAGCUUUGUGUGCACCUUCGUGAACAAUAUGAAAAGCAAAAAGAGCAUUUAUUCUCUUCACCUAACGCUGCACAAUCACUUUGGCGCAUAUUUCGUGACAUUGUUAGCUCGGAAAGUCUUCAACAAAUAUACAUCGUUAUUGAUGCCCUUGAUGAAUGCGAGAUAGAAUCCAUAGAUACUCUAUUAACCCUAAUUGAUCCGGCAUCCGAGCCUGAGCUUACAGAUCUUGCUGAUCAUGCGCUUCCUCCAUCAGGGCCUGGAGGCUCAACCAAAGUCAAAUGGCUGGUGAUAAGUCGCAAUGAUAUCGCAAUCAAGCAGACCCUGGCGGAAAGUUUAGGUAUUAGCCUGGAAGAUAAUGAGACUUAUGUGACCAAAGCCGUCAGGCAGUUCAUCGUACUCAAGACAAAUCAUUUACAACAUCGGAAGAAUUACAACAGGGAGCUGAGGCACAUAGUCGAAAGUCAGCUUCUUGAAAAAGCAGAGGGUACAUUUCUGUGGGUAGCGUUAGCUUGUCGUGAGCUCGCAAAACCUCGAGUACUAUCUGUCAACACGAUGAAGGUACUUUCUCAACUCCCUUCAGGUCUGACUCCGAUGUAUGAGCGCAUCAUGGAACAAAUCCUCGUCCCUGAAGACGAGGAGCUUGUCGAGAUCGCAAAGUCUAUUUUCCGCGCAAUGGUAGUCGCUUUUAGGCCAUUAAGUCUUGGUGAGUUGGGCUUGGUAGCAGAUCUUCCAACAGAGCAUCGACACAAUAUUCCUGUCAUAAGUGAAUAUGUCAGCCAAUGCGGCUCCAUGGUGACGGUGAGGGAUCACGUCGUCUACUUCGUUCACCUUUCGGCAAAGACCUUUAUUCAGACCAUGAGCAGCACCCAGAUAGUAUCAAGCGACAUCAGUACAGACCACGAGUUCUUGGCAUUGAAAUGCUUUGCUUAUAUAUGUAAGGAACUAUCGAAAGACCACCACAGACUCUCGCAUCUCCACGACAUCGAAAGUGGUGAAACAGAAAUUGAAUAUCCUAUUCACUUUUGGCUCGAUCAUACAAGAUCAUCUUCUUUAGGGAUCACUCGAAGCUUUGAUCUGUGCGAUCCGUUCUUUGAUGGAGACUCAGUCCAAAGGCAAUUGUGGUUCGAAAUUUACUGGACUAAGGUCCAUGCGAAGUGGGAGUCAUGCCCUUCCUCAUUCUCUGCGCUUCAUUUAGCGGCGUACGCUACGCUUCCUUGGCUUGUCCAGGCUCUCCUUCAGGAGAAGGGUUCCACCGUCGUUCAUGCUUUAGAUUCAUUAGGCAACACCCCGCUGCUAUGGGCCGCCAAGAAUGGAUGUCGAAGCAGUGUUCAGAUGUUACUUGAAGCUGGCUCAGAUCGAAGUCACAAGAACCACGAAGGUAUGAAUGCCUUACAAUGGGCUGCUGGCAAUGGUCAUGUUGAGGUACUUCAAGCUCUGUUCGACGGAAAGGAAAGCCUAGAGAUUACAGACAAGAACGGCUGGACACCCUUGCAUCGGGCUGCCUACAAUGGUCAUGUCCAAGUCGUCCGCCAGCUACUGGACUUUGAAGCCAACAUAGAAAAGCUUGAUGGAUCUACAUGGACAGCUCUAACGAGGAGCUCGAGCAGUGGACAAACGGAAGUCGUGAAACUAUUACUUGACAAAGGCGCGUCAAUUCAUACAUUAGACAGGGAGGGUAUGACGCCUAUGCUACAUGCUGCGUGGGGUGGUCAUACCCAAGUUGUUCGCAUGCACUUGGAAAAAGGAUGUGAUGUAAAUCAUAAUGAUUUUAACGACUGGACCGCCUUACACAACGUUUCAAGCAACGGCCAUGUCGAUGCAGCCAAAUUCCUGCUCAAGAAGGGAGCCAAUGUACAAGCCAGAAAUACUGAUGGAAGUACGCCAUUACAUUUUGCGUCAUGGUCUGGUCAACAUGAAGUGGCUACGACGCUAAUCGAUGCUGGUGCACAUGUUGAUGCUGAAGAUGAUGAAGGGGAGACCCCUUUACAACAAGCAGCCUGGAGAGGUCACCGACUGACAUCUAAGGCCAUCAUCGACGCAGGGGCUGACGUUGACAAAAAGAACGCCGUAGGACACACUGCUCUUCAUCAGGCAGCAAGCAGUGGAGAAGAAUUCAUUGUCUCAAUGUUGCUUGAAAGUGGAGCAGAUCCAACACAAGUCGAUAAAUACGGGCAGAGUGCUCGUGCGCUCGCAGAAACCAAUGAGCAUGACAACACCGCCAACCUCAUCAAAAUUAGGGAGCGAGAAUUGGUCAUUUCUUCUGUCAGAACAGACACGCCUGUCGAUAGACACCCGCUGGACGAGGCCGUUGCUGAAGCUUUGGGUAUUCAAGCAAUAUCUUCUAUCGCUGAGCCACACCAAGCCGCGGGUUUCUUUUUGCCGGAAAAGAUCACUGCUUUGGUUGACGGAAAACGCAAAUUGUUCUACAUGAAGUCUGGCUCCAACAAAGAGAUGUUCGAAAGUGAACAUCUGUCACUUAUGCUUCUACACAAAGCUGUACCUACUUUAUCGCCAAAACCCCUCGCUUGGGGAAAAUUCAAAGAUUCGAACACUUGGUACCUAGUGACAGAAUGGGUGGAUCUCGAAGCCAAUGAGGAAGACACAGGUAUGGAAUUUGGUCUGACCUUGGCCCAAAAGGUUGCAAAGCUGCACACAACCAUCGCACCCGUACCUGAAGGGCACAAGACCCCCAUGUUUGGUUUCCCCAUUACAACAUACUGUGGGUCAACCCCUGUCAACAACACUUAUUGCGGCUCGUGGGCCAAAUUCUACUCUGAAUAUCGCUUGCGUGCUCUUGCUCAGAUCAUAGAGGAGAAUCAUGGCACGGACAAGGAAUUCACAGAUGCUCUCAACAUCCUCAUUGAUAAUGUUGUACCUAAGCUAUUGGGUAAUGGCCACCUAGGCGGGAAGCAAGGAAUCUCGCCUGUACUAAUCCACGGCGAUUUGUGGGAAGGUAACAAAGCCAAAGCCAAAUUCGACGACAGGAAUGGCCUUGAGCCCGUAACCUUCGAUCCAGCUUGCAGUUACUCUCAUUCAGAAUUCGAAUUGGGACUCAUGCGAAUGUUCGGGGGGUUCUCGGCUGGUUUCUUCAAUGAAUACCACCAUUUGAUUCCGAAGACGGAGCCGAAGAAGGAGUACGAAGAUCGCAUGCAAUUGUAUGAGCUGUGA